GUAACACGUGCCCGCUCCGCUGACCUCAGUCCAACGUAAACAGUGUUUGGUACCGUAGUUGGCAGCUGCAGUGUUUGUAAUCACAGCAGGCAUUAUACGAUGGCAAWGAAAUCGGAGGAUUCCGUGAAUUUACGGCCCUGAUUACAGUAAWGUAAUUCCGUGUUCCGGCUCUAAACGUUGAUCCGAAGCCAUCAUGUCGUCCCGUGUGUUGCUGCGGCAGCAGCUGAUGCGAGAACAAGCUCAGGAGCAGGAGCGGCGUGAGGCCCAGCAGCAGGCCUCCGUCUCUCAGCUCCGGGCCUCGGACUCCACUCCUGCCAUCUCGGUGACCCUGCCCCCCAACGCGGCCCGCCCUCCUCCUGCACAGGUGCCCGUGGAGGUGCUGAAGGUCCAGACCCACUUGGAGAACCCCACCAAAUACCACAUCCAGCAGGCUCAGAGGCAGCAGGUGAAGCAGUACCUCUCCACCACUCUGGGAAACAAGGCGGUGACGCAGACUCUCAGCGUGUCCCCCGCCCCGCAGUCCAGUUCGGCCCCUGAAGUGGGCCCGUCUGCCAGCAGCGCCCCCAACAGUCCCAUGGCUCUGCUCAACAUCGGCUCCAACAAGGAGGAAAUAGAUGAUGUGAUCGACGACAUCAUUAGCCUCGAAUCCAGUUUUAAUGAUGACAUCAUUACGUUGAUUGACUCGGGACUUCAGCUGCCCAGCACGCUCCCAGGAAAUCUGUUGGAUGUUUACCACAGCCCCGGAAUGGCAGCUCCUACUCUGACUGUCAGCAACUCCUGCCCCGCCGAUCUUCCUAAAGUUAAAAGGGAACUUUCUGAGGCAGAUGCCAAAGCAUUAAUGAAGGAGAGGCAGAAGAAAGACAACCAUAACCUCAUUGAAAGGAGGCGAAGGUUCAACAUCAACGACCGUAUAAAGGAGCUGGGUACUCUGAUACCCAAAUCAAGUGACCCAGAGAUGCGCUGGAACAAGGGCACCAUCCUGAAGGCGUCUGUAGAUUACAUCAGGAAGCUGCAGAAGGAGCAGCAGAAAGCCAAGGACAUCGAGACGCGACAGAAGAAGCUGGAACAAAACAACCACAUUCUAAUGUUGCGCAUCCAGGAACUGGAAAUGCAGGCACGGCUCCACGGGCUCUCGGCUCCCGCCAGCGUCCCGCCUGCCCUGAGCUCCGACGCCUCCCUGCUGCAGCACCAGGCGGUUCCGCGGAGCGGCCCCUCGGUGCCAGCGGGGGCCUCCGCCCAGAACUUUGUGGGCCUGGGAGCCGCGGGGCAGCCCCUGCCGGCCUCCUUCCUGUCCCCGCCCUCCUCGGACUCCCCCGCGGGCGUCACCAUCAGCAGCCCGCUGGACCUCGGCAGCCUGAGCUUCGCGGAGCUGGACGACCCCUCCGCCUCAGCGCUCUACCCCGACGUGGGCCUGGGGGACAUUUUAAUGGACGAGGGGUGCGUCCUGUCCCCGGAGCAGGGGGCCGAGCCGCUGUUUUCCCCUCUGUCACCAGGUGCCUCUAAAACCAGCAGCCGCAGGAGCAGCUUCGACAUGGAUGAGGACUUGUGAUGAGUUUCACGUCUGUAGGGACAGGAAUGUCAGCAAGUGUAGUCUGUCCUUAAUACCAAAAUCUAUUUAUAGAACUGAACCUAAAAGAAAAAUAGCUAUUGUAGAAACUAAUACUUACAGAUUGAAUCAGAGGCAGUGCUUGAUUUAUUUUGCCAUACAGACAGAUUUAUUAUACCUGUUUGGAACAGGUAAAAUGAUUAAGUUUAGAAAUGGAAUCUUAAUAAAAUGGAACAGUAGGCAUGGACCUCGCAUAUAGUUUUAAGAUUUAUUCAGAGAUUUAAGAGGGAUGCUUUUGUUUUUUAGUUUGGAUUUAAUAUAUUCAUUUAUUAUUUGUAAUGAGAAAAGCUGUGAUUUUUAAUUUAAUUUAAUUUUCAGGCAACAUUGGCAUAGCAAACUUACAGAGAGGUGCCAACAAUAAGUUCACACGUUUUCUUUUCCUUUAUCUGUCUGGAAUCAGGGUUUAAAAAAAAACAGUCGUGCUCUCCUCCGUGUUGGUUUUAUUCCACCAGCAGCUACAGAAGGGAUCUUUAGGUGAAUUGGCACAUGGUGAAAUGUUUUACUGCGUUUUUGUACAUAAGAGUAUUUUAUUUUGAGCAGUUUUAUCGCACCUUACUUUACGGCAGUCUAUGCAUUUUAUGAAAGCUUUUUGUCUGUUUUGUUUUUGUUUUUUAGUAGAGUUACAACCCAGUGGACAGAUUUUAACCCAGGUGGCAUGAACUUGUACUAAACCUUACAAACAGUGGGAAAUAAAA